AUGGUGGUUGAGUUCAUUGAUGAGAGCGGCAUGGUGACGUCGUCUUCCGGCAUCGUGUCGUCGUUGUGCAGCGUCGUCGUUGCGCCUGACUGGUCGAAGAUUAUCCGCCGGAGAAACAUAGACGAUGACGACGGCGAUUGCAAAGACAGUGGAGAUGGGUUGGACACGAGCAGUGGAAGAUUGCUACCGCAUGAUUUCUGGCAAAGACGUUAA